ACAACAAACAAACUAGUUUUAAAACAAAAAUGUUAUUAACAAUUAAAUGCGCUCAGAUUUUGAUUAAGCCAGAGUUUCAGAAAGUGGCCAAUCUGCUUGGCAGUCGACUUAAAUCUGGUUUAUCCCACGGCAUUGCAACAACAGCAACGAGUGGCAGCAGCGUUUCGCAAAUCUCAGUUCUGUAUUCGCCAGCAGCGAGAAAAGUAGCAACUGGUGGCAGCUCAAACAGCUCAAGUCUCCGGCGAUUCUACGGCACCGAACACACUCAAUCCCCAGCAAGCACAUCGAAAAAACGCAAAAUGGUGGUGCGACUAAACGAACAGGAGCGUGCUGAGAAGCUGCAACCCCUUCUUGAAGCCGGCUGGACUUUGGUGGAGGGCCGCGAUGCCAUUUUCAAGCAGUUCAUCCUGAAGGACUUCAACCAAGCCUUCAGCUUCAUGACGGGAGUGGCCCUGCUGGCUGAGAAGAUCAACCAUCAUCCCGAGUGGUUUAACUGCUACAACAAGGUGGACGUCACUCUGUCCACCCACGAUGUUGGAGGUCUCAGUUCGCAGGACAUUCGCAUGGCCAAUCACCUGGAGACCGCGGCCAAUUUGUUGAAAUAAACGCAUUGUUAUACUAGUUGCUAGUUUUGUCUAUAAUCUCUGGAGUCCAAUAAACACUCAACUCAGCAUGGA